AUGUUAACCAAGUCCAAAGACUCCGCUGCUAAUCACCUUAGAGCGUUGAUUCCAGUUCCACUUAUGCAUCGGUUUCAGUCAACCACUCCCUUCAAUAGGUCCCACACCGAAAACCCCUUCACCGUUCAUUUUUCCCUUCCUUCCUGCUUCCCCUUAAUAUGUUCAAACCUUGAAGCUGCAUCAUCCCUUGUUGCCCACUCCAGAAUGAGGCUCUCUGUUUUACUUCUACUGUUCCUCGCCGUUCUGGCUGCCACUAGACCAACCCUUGUAGACUCUAGACCCCUUCCACCCUCACCAACGAACACAGAUACCGCCCCUCACGAGCCUCUCAAAGUGCUUCGAUUUCUCAUCACUUUAGUCAUGACACAGAAGCCCAACACUAACAGGGUUUUGAUAGAGAACCAAUUCCACACCAUGUCUUCCGGGCCUAGCAGAAGAGGUUCGGGUCACUAG